UUCUUUUUUCUUUACAAAGUCAACUAGUGUACUUACACAUGCAAAUUGCACUACAUGUAUAAGCAAAUGCACUAGAAGAAUAUUGUGAAUUCUGUUUAGACAAAUAUGCUGUUUUCUUGUGAAAAGAUAAACAAAACCUUGAUAUCAUCAUUCACUUAAAUUUGUUAUCACUGUCAGUUUCAUAUAUAUAUCUCAAUUAUAGAAGAGAAGGAAUUCUAACAAGGACAUGAGGACCAUGAAUAGCAGCAAAAUUACCUUGUUAUACAGUGGAAACUCAGUAUAAUAUUCAGGCCCUUGGGACUAUGGAAAUCACCUUGUUACUUCCACGCCAAGUGCAAGCAGCAAAAAUGUUCACCAUGCAAGGUAGCGACUCUGGACAGACUAAUACUACAUGUAGUGCAGCUCACAGACAAUGUGAUCUUAGCAAAUAUUUCUUCAGUCAGCAAGAAUUAAGUAGAAAACACUCACAAACCCCAAAGCUACAUGAAGGUAAAAUCAAAGCUAACAAGGGACAGUCGAGUGCUUCAUCAAGCUCGAGUAAGAAAGCCAAGGAGCCUCUGAAGAAAAACAAACCUACUCUUGUGUAUGAACAGUUGAUUGACCCCAAUUGUAAGCUGGAAGCUCUAUUCCUGAAAGCAUGUUUGCCCAUCUUUGAAGAAACCAAUGAGAUAUUUACAACUUUUGGGGAAAGCUGAUGGAUUUGAUUGCAGUAAGAAUGUGGAGUUCAAUUUGAUGAGUAAUAUUUGUAUGAUUAUUAUUCUGUUUUAAAUGAAAAUAUUUGUACAUUCAUGUUUUUGGUUAAUUAAUUCAUUUUCAAUUUCUUCUGCAGAGUAUUAUUUGUUUGCAUUGAAUGUGAUUAGUGACUAUAAUGUUUUCAGUUGUAAUUGUUGAUUCAGAAUCACUGAUGUCAUUAAAACAUGAAUAUGAUUAAUGAUUAGAAUUUAAUACUUCAAAUUUGAUUAUUGAUAGGAAUGUUUUCAGUUGUAAUCAAUCAUUGAUUUGGAAUCCCUGUUACAGAAAUAUGAAUGUACUAUAAAAAUUUAACAUUGAAUUUGAUUAUUGUCAAGAAUGUAUUCAGUUGUAAUUGCCUAUGUGGAGUCACUGAUGUCAUUAAAAUAUCAAUAUAUCUGAUUGCGUAAUACAAAUGUUUAUUUGGCUCUAUGAUCAAUAGCUCUACAUGUGUCUUCCUAUUCCUCUAUCCCCAGCUAUUCCAAAGAGACGAACCAC